GCAACGCGAGCGGCGUCUUUACAAGCACAACUGUUACGCUAAAAAAUCUAGCCUUUGUGACAUUAAGGGCUGUCAAAAGCACGUAAGGGCCAUCAGAACAGACUUCAGUGUAUUAAAAGCUGUAUUAUUUAGUGCUCGGUCACCCCGAAUGUACCAGACUAACGUUAGUCAGUUCGAGAUGAAUUACAGCAGACCGACGUUAGUUUCGAAUUGGCACCAAAACAGGGAGGCAGAACCAAAAGAUUAUGAUCUCACUGCAUGUCGAGAUGGACAAAAGAAAUUACACAAGUCAACCUAUAAACAUUUUGGGACGUGCAUGGAUGCAGACUGGAGCACAACAACUGAAACCCAGAUGUCUCAGUAUCUUUUAAAGAAAGAGUAUGAGGCCAAGGAAACUCCAAAAUCGAUGGUGCAAGCCAGUUCCUUCCAGUCUUUGGUAUUUGACAGAGAAGCAGGACAUACAGGGUGCAAAUCCAUUCUACCCUACCAUCGACCAGACUAUAAUGAUAUGGAACUGUGUACUAUAUAUGCAUUGGAUUACCUCCCCCCAUGUACUACCACGAAGGAGGCAAUACCUGUCAAGGCUGUGAUGGACAGGAUGGUUGAUUUCAGAAGGCGGCAGUCACACUUCACUGAUGUGGCGGACCAUCGGCGGCAGGGCCGAAAUACCUGGCAAGAUGUUGAUGAGGCACGGGCCAAGGUCCAUGGAGUGAUGAAGCCACUCUAUAGAGACAUGUAUCCCAGUCACCCAUAG